CUCUCUUGGAAACACACCCACAACUUUCACCCUCUGACACAAUGGUUAGUUCCUCUUGUGGCUCCGUCUGCUCUGACCAGGGCUGCGGCCAUGGCCUCUGCCAGGAGACCUGCUGCUGCCCCUCCUGCUGUGGAUCCAGCUGCUGCCGCCCCAGCUGCUGCCAGACCACCUGCUGCAGGACCACCUGCUGCCGCCUCAGCUGCUGUGGCUCCAGCUGCUGCCGCCCCUCCUGCUGCUGCCCCUCCUGCUGCCUGCGCCCAACCUGCUGCCACCCCAGCUGCUGCCAGACCACCUGCUGCAGGACCACCUGCUGCCGCCCCAGCUGCUGCGUGUCCAGCUGCUGCCACCCCUCCUGCUGUGGCUCCAGCUGCUGCAGGCCCAGCUGCUGCAUCUCUAGCUGCUGCCGCCCCACCUGCUGCCAGACCACCUGCUGCCGCCCCAGCUGCUACCGCCCCUCCUGCUGUGGUUCCAGCUGCUACCGCCCCUCCUGCUGUGGUUCCAGCUGCUGUGGCUCCAGCUGCUGCCGCCCCUCCUGCUGUGGUUCCAGCUGCUGCCACCCCUCCUGCUGCAUCUCUAGCUGCUGCCGCCCCUCCUGCUGUGGCUCCAGCUGCUGCCGCCCCUCCUGCUGCUGCCCCUCCUGCUGCCUGCGCCCAGUCUGUGGUCAGGUCUCCUGCCACACCACUUGCUAUCGCCCCACCUGUGUCAUCUCCACCUGCCCCCGUCCCGUGUGCUGUGCCUCCUCUUGCUGCUGAGCCCCCUGCCCUGUGACCACCGUCUCUGUUUACCUCUGCCCCACAUUUGUAGACCCUCCUUUUAGAACACAUGGAGUGGAAAUGAUGUUGCUCAACUGAAUUGGGCCUUAAUUCCACUGAGGAAACCAAUCAUGCUGUUGAAGAAGAUGGAUAUGGCGCGGAACACUUAUACAGUAACAGAUUUUACCCUUCGACCUGACAAUUGGUGAAAUCAUUCUCCUAACUUCCCUUUUAUAGGCCUUUUCUGUAACCUGAUAUAUUUUUGUACCAAAAUAAAGUUACU